CAGAUAUUUACUCUAAGCAUCAGAUCCACUACGAGACACACCAAUGGAUGACAGCUGUCAUGUAGAUUCUCAAGACCCGCAACAUAUGGCAGCAGAUGUGUAAUUGUCACUUUGGUUGCUAAGAGUACAUUCCCGAAAAAGAGGUGUUAAUUUGACAGUCAUGUCAUAUUCAGCUCCGAAAUUGGCUGUAAGAGACAGUUUUGACGACGAAGAUGUGAGUGAUGACGUUGAAGACGAAGUAUUUAUUCGAGAUGGAAGAAACGGGUUUAAAUUGGAUGAAGAGAGAGGUGUCAAAAGACCUCUCAUGGCACCCAGGAGAAAAUUAAAAUCAAGCCAUUUUCACAACGAUGGUUUCAAAUCCUCCACUUGCAAAGUAUUGUGUAUUCCAUGCUGUUAUGGGUUUGUAGCACUGACAGCACUUUUGGGUUUAUUGGCUGCUGUUGUGGUUUUGAUAAUGUGGUUUCCAAUACCCUUUGAUCAGAUUGCUUUCUGGCGAGCAAAACCAAUGCCAACUGUUAUCGUUCCAUGUUCAGAAAUUAGUACAGAUGAUGUUUGGAUACAGACCUUUCCAAAAUUAACCUCAGAAUCUGCUCUCCAAGUCAAUGAUGUCAAUGGAGAUGGUGUACUUGAUAUAAUAAUUGGAUAUGGUUCAGGAGCAGACAAACCUAAAGUCCCUGAUAUAUUAUGUACACUGUACUUUAAAGGAGUUACUCCUUGUGGAGGUGGUCUUCUAGCCCUGGAUGGUCGUAAUGGAUCAAUUCUUUGGCAGCAUUGGUGUUCUCACACUGUGUAUUGGGUUGACUGUGGGGCUGAUCUCACAAAAGAUGGAGUAAACGACUGUUUGAUAUCAGGCAGAGGCGGAGUCCUAGAGGCAAUAAAUGGUCAUGAUGGUAGCAAAAUAUGGUUUUUGGACACUUCCGUCACAGCAGCGCCUGUAGGGGAAGAUCAUGGUUUAACUCUGAAUACUUACGCAGGACGAUUUGUGCAGGAUCUGGAUGGUGAUGGUAUUCAAGAUAUUCUUGCUGCUCAUACUGAAGAUAAUGUUGCAAACGACUCAGGUCAUUUGCUUGUGGUGAGUGGGAACACUGGGCGACUUCUCCACCAAGUGUCUACUCCCCAAGGUGAAGAGAGCUUCUACCCUCCACAAAUAUUGGUGCGAGUUGAUGGCCAACAAGUUGUUGUCUGGGGCACGGGUGGAAUCCAUUCCCCUGGAGGAUUGUAUGUUAUUCCCUUAUCCUCCAUUGCAAGAGGACAUACCUCGCAGGAGCAGGCAUUGUAUUGGGAUAAAUUUAAAGGAGUGAUGUCCCCACCCUCACUUGUUGAUGUAAAUGAGGAUGGUUUGGAGGAUAUUGUGGUUGCAACAUUUAAUUCUUCAGUUCUAGCAUUUGAUGGUCAUUCAUAUAAAAUGUUAUGGAACUUCUCCUUUAUUGGAUCUGAAUCAUCAAGCACUCCAGUUCCUGGAUAUUUCAAUGAAGAUAACAUUCCAGAUUUCUUAGUAAAGUACCAGACAGGGCCAGGAUCUCCUACUUAUUUCUAUUCACAGACAACGGUCCUGGAUGGAAAAACGGGCCAUUCUCUUCUGGAUGAUAUAAUCACAGACACUGCUGGCACACAGCUGGGUGGCCUCACUAUUAGUGUGGAAGGAUUAGGCAAUGACAUAUUUUUACAUUGGGAAGGCAAUUGUUUGGAGCAUGAGGCAAGUCAUGAACCAUUCUCUUUCAUGCCAGGAGAAUUAAUAGACAAGGAAAACAGUGUUGAUUUAUGUAAAUUACGAUUCAACUCUUCUCUUGUUACUAAGUUUUUGGCUUUGAGUGAGCACUUGGAACCUCCUGGAGUUCCAAUUUAUUCUUCAGAACAGAGAAAGGUCAUUGAAUAUAAGAACUCUGUGAAUACUACAGAAGAAUUGCAAAAAUAUGUAAGUCAACAUCCAGAUUUCAGUCAAGAGUGGGCAACAUAUGUAGCAGAGAAAUCUGUUCCUAAACAACCACCGGUUGACUUUGCUGGAGAAAACGGUGUUGAACUGUCCAGAAAUAGCGGUUCUAAUUUUCGACACAAAGAAGGUUCAAUAUUACCUGAUCAGAGGAAAGGAUCAGACUACUACUAUUCAAAUCGAGAUUUUAAUGUACCAAAUCGUGGUAGAAACAGAGAACCAGGAGGCAGGUCGUUCUCAGAUGGUGAGGGUGAAGAAAUGCUUCCAUCAUACCCCAGCAACAGUGAAUAUCCUGAUGUGCGUAAGCAUGGAAUGGAAUAUGGUAAACACAUACCAAAUGUUGGCCAGUGGAGACACUGGCACAAUUCUGAAAUGCCACCUGAUGAUCCUGUUGCUGGUGCUGUAAAUAAUUAUCAGGAUGUACCUCGUGAAAGAAUAUUUGAGGAAGCUCUUCCAGAUCCAGAUCCAGAUCCAGAUUUUGACAUACCUGGCAUGUACUAUCCGCCUACGGAUGAUGGUUAUCCUCCAGGGCAGCGUGAUGAACGCACUGCAGCUUCUGGAUUGCACGAAAUGCCUCAUGGGCCACGACUCAGAGGAGAUAGACGUGGGCAAGAGCGGAAGAAAAGGAAUUCUUUAGAAAGCCAAAAUCAAGGAGUCCAAAAACUGACGUCUGCAGGUGUGUUGGUACCAUCCUUAUCAAAUUCCCAAAACAAUAGUAUUGAUAUAGUCUUUGCUACUUAUUGGGUUCCUGCGACUGAGAACAUUCAUAUUCUUUUACAACAACAACUGGAAUGUGUUGAGAAGAAAUUGCUAGAAAGGGCAGAUAUUCAUGAAAAAGAUCCUGGCACAGAUCACUUAACAAUUGCUCUUGCUAGAGAAUGUUUAAAUUUACAACCCGUAGAAGAUUUGCCUAAAGAGGAAGAUUUGAAAAUGAAAGAAUUAAACAUCAAGAUGGGUCAGAUGACAGUGUAUCGACUGCGAUUGUCAUGUCGGUGCCGAAGUCUCAGUUCCGAUGAAAAAUGUUCUUCAAUAUUACCCUUCGCCCAGCAGAGUUGGCCCACUGCAUUUGGUGUAAAAGGCAAUGGAUAUUUUAAGCCAAGACAUAAGUAAAUUUUGAAUUUAUUUUAAUAAUAAUCAAUUUAAUAUGAAACUGAAAGUACCUAUAUUCUAAUGUCCAGCAAAUAAUGUAAUCAAUUUGGAAAGGAGUAUCAUGCACUUUUAUGCUUGUAUUCUUCUUCCAUGUGUUAUGGUGGCAAACAGCAGUGUGCGUAUUUUUUUGUACAUAUUGAACAUUUACUGACAAUGGAUUUAAAUAACUGUUUUAGCUUAAGUGCAAAAACUAUGUUUCUCUGAUAUUGUUGUUACAAAACCUGCUAGAUUUUGUAUAGUUAUAUAUAUAUAUUUGAAACAUACUGAUAAAAAAUUGAUGUCACCUUCAGGAAUCCGACAUUUCUGAAUGAAAUAAUUGUAAAAUGCUGCUGUGAAAUAUAACGUGUAUGUCUGAAAAAUUAACAUCAUAAUGCAAGCUUUAAUGUUUUUGAGGCUUUACUAGCCAAAAAAAUUAUGCUUGAGAAAUUUUCCAUAGCUUUUAAAGACUGAUUCUAAAUAGAAUAUUUUAGGAAGUUUUAAUUUUAGUACAUUUGUUAACAAACUGUAACUACGUCAAUAUUAAUAAGACAUAAACAAAAGUUACUAGCAUUUUUCAUGAUAUUUCCAAGUUGUACAAUCACCACAAGAAAGAGAGUUGAGGUUCAAAGUAUAUUCCACUUGUAAGAUACUAAUUUAUAUUUGAUACUCUGUUAUCACAAUACCUGUUAAUUGAAAACCAUAACUCUUGUUUUUAAAUAAUUCAGUGUUCAACAUAUCAUUGGAAAUGUUAAAGCUUGUAUUUUAGAUGACCCACUAAUGGAAGAAUGGUAAAACACCAAUAUUAAAAUGAUGGAAAGUAUUUAAUGUGGAGAGAGUUCUUAAUAAGUUAUCUCUUGAUUAUAUUUUCAGAGAUAACUUCUAAAAUUAUGUUUCUGGUUGCGAUUUUUUAAUACUUGAUAAAUAGAAAGUGCAAAACAAAUUUUUCACCAUUUUAGUAAUUUUUGUUUUGGAAUUGAUAAAUUAAAAAAAAAAGUUUUAACAGUAUAUUUACAAUGUUUUUAUAUUAAUGAAGAAAAUGUUAUGAGAAAGGUGAGACAAGAAAUUAACAUUCAUAAAAUUUGAGACUGGAGAUGAUGUUAAGGGACAAUCCUUUAAUAAGAUUAAAACAAAAUUUAAGUAUUUAUUGAUGUUCCUUCAAAGCUAUGUGUAGAAAUGAUCUAUGGUUCAAAUAACAAUUUGUUAUAAAGGAAUGUUGUUUCCAAUGACAUGUAAAUGAUAUAGAGAAAUGUUCUUCUUUGUCCCAUGUUAGACAAUAAACAAAUACAAGAAAAUGGCAUAAGCUUCUCUAAGUCUUCUAGGGUCUAGGAACAGUUUGUGCCCCUUAUUGUACCCCAUUAGUGUUGGGUAUACUGUUGUUGGUUACUGUUAGUUAUGCUUAAUGUAAAGUUCUUUUAAAUUAUCUAUUUGAACUCUUAUUUUGUAAGAAUAUUAUCAAAUCCAAACUGAACCUCAAUCUUGGUUAUUGUGGAAAAGAACAUUCCGAACAUUUGCAAUGAUAUGUCAAUGCUGCUGAAAUGCUAGAAUUGGGACCAGACUGUCUGUGAUGAUCCUCUACAGUGGACCAUGUUCUUCUCACUAUUCACUUGACUAAAGCAGAUUGCAUCAGAGUGCUGAUUCUUCCAUCUGUCAUUGGCUGACUCAAAAAGCAGGGAGUGCUCUCUCUGGUGUCCUGAAGAAGCAUUGGCCCAGGAUUCCAGUUUCAGCAGCAAUGAUGGAGGUAAUCGUCUUGCGGAUUGGUCUUUGAGAUAAGAGCACAUUUCUAUUUCAGCCCUGAAACCUAAAUACUUGAAGGUUUCCUUUAAAUAUAAUUUUCAUAGACUCGCAACUUGUAUUGAUGUUAACAGUAUAGAAAUUAUUAUUCAUUGCACCUUGAUGAUUUGAUCAUUUAUCCUAACUUUUGUGUACUAAAUUGUGGAAUCAUCAAUUUCAAUGUUAGGAAGUGACAGAAAAGUUGUGUUCAAUAAAGAUGAAUACUCGUGAAUACAAAUUACUCUAGAUAUCUCAAUUAUUGUUCAUAAAUAAGACUUGAGUUAUGUGACACACUCUGUGAUGAUCCAUGUUUAAAUGUUGUAACCAAUAGUUUGACUUUCUGUAUUUGGUCUUCCUCAGCAUUCCAUUUCCCUCUUCAUGUGUGUUUAAAUGUUUGUUAGAAAAUUAUAAAUGGAACCACGGAUUAUGUCCAAAUAUUCACUAUGUACCUUGAUAAAAGUAGUACUUUUUAAAUACAAAUUUAAUUCAUGCCGUAAAGUUGCAUUAUGUAGUUAAAAAUGGCUAAUUAUUUAUGUCACUUAACUUAUGUGUUUGGACAAGCAAAAUUAAAAACUUUGGAUUUCACCUCCAGGAAAUUUAUUUGCCUAAUCCUUGUUUAAAACCAGCUAAAAAGUGUUGAGGAAGCUGUAAAAGUGGCAGUGGUAUUUACUUCAGGGGCAACACUGAAUAUAAGAGUGAGGUGUGUUUAUGUUUUGAAAGUAAAACUUGACUAGUGUCCUAUUUGUGAAAAUUGGGAUGUGUUCGGAAUCCAUAUCAAGUGUAUAGAAUUAAUUGUUCUGAACUUCAAAAUCAUUAUACUUAUUAUAUUUCAAUUUCAUGUGUUGAGAAAAGUGUGCAGAAUUCUUUCCUAGCUACUUUAUGUAUUUCUGUUUUUCUGUUAAAUAUAUUUAUGUGAGUUAAAUGUAAUGGAGUUUGAAUUGGAUAUUUGGGCUUAUUGGUGUUCAGAAUGUGUUGGUACCUACUAUAACAUUUGAAAUGCCUUG